GUAAACAAUAUUUGACGUUUGCGGCUUACAUCAGCUGAUCAAUUGAAAGAUAUGCAACCCAUUUUACAUGAAUUAUCAGAAUUUUGAGUGUUCGAAUGACAAUUUAAUUUCAAUCCUGUUUUUAAUCUCCAAAUGUAUCAUUCAUCUUGUACAGAACUGACGAACAUCUCAAAUCACAUAUUCUGGAGAUUUUUCAAUUCCUUCGACACGGUACUAACAUGCUGCGAAGGGGUUUUAUGGAAUUCUGAUAAGGAAAUAAAGGGGUCGUCCGUAACGUUGAACCGUUUGAGAGAAUGCGGGAAACAAAUAUUUUUCUUCACGAAUAACACGCUGCGAACUAGAGAGGAGGUAGUGUCGCAUGCCGAAAAAUUGGGAUUCGUCAUACACAAGAAUGAAGUGGUAACCAGUUCGUUUCUUACGGCUUACUACCUGAGGAGCCAAAAUUUCAAUGACACGGCUUACGUGAUAGGUUCAAGAGGACUUGCUCACGAACUGGAAACCUUUGGUAUCACUUACAUAGGCACUGGGCCAGAUCCUUCUUCGGAAACAAUUCACGAAACCUACCUGGCAGCUAAAAUAGAACCCAACGUGAAAGCCGUGGUUGUUGGUCUGGACGAACAUUUUUCCCUUUCGAAAAUGAUCAAAGCCGCGACGUAUCUGGAAGAUCCUACUUGUGAAUUUGUGGCGCUCAACUCCGAAGAGAGGAGAAGCGGUUUCAGCCCUAAAGCCGUUCCUUCGACCGGAGCAAUUUUAACAGCCAUCGAAACCUGCUCUGGAAGGAAAGCGAAAAUUUUGGGGAAACCUAGCAAAUAUAUCAUGGAAUAUCUGAAGAUGCAUCACUGCAUAGACGCACAAAGAACAUUGCUGCUGGGAGAUAGGUUGAAAAUAGACAUACUACUAGGACAAGAAUGUGGGUUUCAAACUCUUAUAGUAUUAUCUGGAAUGACCCAAACUGAUGAAGUGCAUGCAAAACUUCGAUCCAGUUUACUAGGAGAAACAACAGAUGGACUUUUACCAGACUUGUAUACCAAGUCGUUAGAAGAUAUGUUGCCAUUUCUGAAACUUUGA